CAUGCUAAAGGCAUUUGCGUGCUGAGGAGAGAGCGGUAGUUUGCGCUGUCGCCCGAAAAUGAGGAUGCUCUUUGUGGGAUUUGGCGUCGGUGUUGCGGUGGGCGCUGGAGGAUGUUACCUAUACCUGUCCGCGGUCAAGCAGCCUCAGGACAGACGUGCGGGCCUUGGCAUCAGCUUGGUGGAGGGACACCACGCCGCCAAGUUCGGCGCACCAGAGACCGAGAUCAUACGGCAGUACGAAGGCUACGUUGCGGCGUACGACUACCGUACACGGAACCCCAAGUGGGUUCUGAAGCACAUCACCAGGGCCUCUUCCAACGGAGAUGCCAAAAGGGAGGGCUCGGAGUUCUUCCCGGACCCGGGGAUUGACCCAAGGUUCAGUGCCAAGCUGAGCGACUUCCGCGGCUCUGGGUACGACAGGGGCCACAUGACACCCGCUGCGGACCACAAGUCUAGUCAGAAGGCGAUGGACGAGACAUUCAGCCUCAUCAACAUCAGCCCGCAGGUCGGUGCGGGUUUCAAUCGGGACUACUGGGCCAGGUUCGAGCGCUUUGUCAAGGAGCUGACGUAUGCCGCUGCGGACGUGUACAUCGUCACGGGACCGCUGUGGCUACCCACGCAGUCGCCGCCGCCGCAGCAGCAGCAGCAGGAUGGCGAUGGCGGGGGCGGGGGCGGCGGUGGUGGGGAGGCGAGUGGCAAGGCCAAGGGAGGCAGAUGGACGCUCGUACACGACUGGAUUGGUACGGCACCUUGA